ACCGGGCGCGGGAAUCGCCCCGACGCGCACCCUCCGUCCUCCCGCUCUGGCCUCCUCUGCUCACCGCCCCCUCGCUCCUCAGCCUGAACCGGCCGCCGCGGGCCCGGCACCUGAGGAGUGAAAAAGGAGCUGAAAAAGAGUAAAGAGACAGAAGAAUGGCAGAUAACAAAGAAAGAAAGAGUCAGGAAGGUUUUAAAGAAGCUAUCACUAAACAAGACACAUCUUCAUUAACCAAUGUUGUAGAGCAAGUUGCAAAGCAACAGCAAUCACAGACAUCAGAAAUACAAAAAAACAGAAAAGUUCUGUUCCAUUUGCAGAAUGAGCUACGUGAACUUGAAAAACAAAUAGCAUCUGUCUCUACAGAAACUAAAGAAACAGAAAGGCAAAUCUAUCAGCAAGAUACUGCCAUAGAGACUACCAAACUUCACUGUGGAAACCUAGAAACUCAAAUCAGGUCCUUACAUACAGAAAAUGUAAAGCUUAGAUUUGACAUAAAAGCAGCCCAAGAAGAUUUUGAGGAACAGAUGAUAAAACAUAAUGACUAUUAUGAAAAAAUAAAAACAUAUAAAGAUAAUUUGAUGGAGGCAGAAAGGAAAUGUUCAUUUAUGACUGAACUUUAUGAAAAACGAGAGCUUGUUGAAAAACUAAAGACAAUGAAAGAGGAACUGCUACAAGAUCUUCAAAACCCAGAAGGAAACUGGGUGAAACAAAUAAAGGAUGAUAUCACAAAGUUAAAGGAUAAAAUUAUAACUGCAAAGGAAUCUAUCAUUGAAAAAACUUGUUUUAUUGAGGAAGAAAAACAGACACAUGAAAAAUUAAGAAAAGAAAUAGAGGUACAACAUAAAAGAUAUGGUGCAAUUCUUAAACGUUUACACUGUCAAGUGAACAAGCUUCAAUCAAACAGAAGACAAUGGCAGUUGAAUAUCCAACAGCUGGAGAAAACUGCAGCUGAGCUAAGAAAAUGCAUUGGGAUGAAAGACUAAGAUGACCAAAGGCAAUGUAGAACACAGACUGUCAUCAAAACGUUGGGACAGAAUGUUAAGAAAAUCAUUUGAAUUCUUAAUAACUAGCAUAGCUAUCCAAGGUGUUUUAUAAUGACAUAUAUUGUCUCUUUUUUUGAACUAGUCUUUUGUUAAAGUUCCUUAUCCAACUCUUCAAUGGACUACAGUAGAUAAAUAGUGGGGAUACUUAUAAAAGGAUAGUGGAAGACUUUGUAUGUAUAUUCUGGUUAAGAUAUACUGUCCUCAUGAUUGCCUGAUUAUAAAUAUAUUGCCUUCACUAAGGUAUGAAGCAAAAUUUAGAAGGAAAAACAGUUGCAUUUACAAUGAUUUAAAUUGUUGAACUUUUUAUUAGUUCUUUUUUUUACCACCAUCUUCACAGUAGCCCAUGAUAUUAACAUUCACAACGUUUUUGUAUGCUUAUUGCUUCAAAUAUUCUAUUCACUAUUCUAUUUUAUCCAGAAGGUAGCAAGUAUUCUUUCUAUGCUACUAGAUAAGACUAUUUAGAAAAAGCAGAACAUUUUCACUCACUUUUCUUUCUUUCUUUUUUUUAUGGAUAGGACAGAGAGAAAUGGAGAGAAGAGGGGAAGACAGAGGGGGAGAGAAAGAUAGACAUCUGCAGACCUGCUUCACCGCCUGUGAAGCGACUGCCCUGCAGGUGGGGAGCCAGGGCAAACCGGGAUCCUUACGCCGGUCCUUGUGCUUUGCGCCACAUGCGCUUAACCCAGUCCGCCACCGCCCGACCCCCUUCACUCACUUUUCUGUCUGCAAAUUUCUUAUUGCUAUUUUAUAACUAGUUACAACAUCAUGAAAGUCCAAUAUACAUGCUCUUAAAAUAAGUGAAUUUACAGGGCCAGGUGGUGGCGCAAUUGGUUGAGCGCAUGUUACAAUGCACAAGGACCUAGGUUCAAGCACCCAGUCCCCACCUGCAGGGGGAAAGCUUCACAAGUGGUGAAGCAGUGUUGCAGGUGUCUCUCUGUCUUUUACCCUCUCUUAAGUCCCCAUUCCCUCUCGAUUUCUGACUGUCUCUAUCCAAUAAAUAAAUAAAGAUAAUUAAAAUAAUAAAAUAAGCGAAUUUACCAGUAUAGACUAACGUAUCAUUUUUCAUUGGAAUGUAAAUGUAAUGCCCAGGGCACUAAAUUAAAAAUUAACAUAUCCAUUUUGAGAUAAAAGUGCUUCUUCACAUGGGUACCUUUGUUAAAAAUUUAGGGGCA